AUCAGUCAAUCUUGUUUGUGCGUUUGUGCCGGACGGUGUUUGGUGUGAUUUCUUCUUAUCUUGAAUCGACCUUUGGGUAUUCUCAACACUACCAGUUACUACUAGAAUCUGCUGCUACUACUCCAGAGAGUUCAUCUGAAUUGAUUCGUGUAAGCAGUGAGUGAUUAGCACUACGGGCAGAAGAAACUCGACUCUGCGUAUAUGUGAGUGAACACGCGUGUGUACAGCAACAUAACUGAAAAAAAUCCCCAACAACAACACAACAACAAAAAAGUGCGGUAAAAGUGUUUAAAGCGUGUUUAACGGAAUCCGGCAAACAAAAAAACAAAAAAAAAACAUAAAAAAUGAAGCAGGAACUAGCGGUGGGUAUUGUCGGUGGUUUUGUGGACGAUGAUCGGGAUGUUUACAUGAUCGAGGGAAAGGACACGAUCAUCGACAUUAUCCGGAUGCAGCAGAAGGCCGAUCUGUGGCAAACCCUGUCGGUGGAUCUGGUCGACUGUGGGCCGGGUAGCCGCGAAGGCGACAACUACAUGUCGGUCAUCAAGCGGGUUGUGGCCCACUGUAAGGCGAAAUCAUCGGACGGACGAAAUCAUGUGUUUACGAUUUCGCUUAUUUUUAAACGUCAAAUCACAAAUCCAAACCGGCGUAGGCUGUUCCGGUGCGAUGCUGCAUUCGAGAACGAAAUUACCGCCUAUGCAAGCAUCAUUCCCAUCCUGCAGCGGAUAGCGCCGUACGAUCUGCCAUACCCAAAGUGUCUGACAGCGGGCAGCGAUGAGUUCGGCGAUCGGAUUGUGCUGGAGGAUCUUACCACCAGCGGAUAUGCGAUGGUUGACCGACGGAUCGGUCUCAGCUUCGAACACUGUAUGGCCGUGAUGAAGGAACUGGCGAAACUGCAUGCCGUCUCGCUGGCACUGAAGCACGAGCAGCCACACGAAUUUGCCGACGUCUGUUCGAAGGUGCGCGAAAUCGUGUACUGUCCGGAGGCGGCCGAUUUUUACACACAUUCCCUCGAGUCUUCGUUGCGCGGUGCGCUGGACAGUUUGCGGUACAGCAACAGCAAGGGCGAUCUGGAUGGGCCGAUCCGUGCCGUCGAGGGACUAACCGGCCGGCUUUAUCGCAUCAUGUGCGGGCUCGUCUGUAACGGUAUGGAUGAAGCGUGGCGCGUUAUCUGCCACGGUGAUACCUGGGUGAACAAUCUGAUGUUUAGUGCCGAUUGCAAGCACGUCCGGUUGAUCGAUUUGCAAACGAUGCGCUGCACCACACCGGUGCUGGACAUUCUUCACCUGCUGUACACGAGUACGGAGCGCGAUAUGCGCCAGCAGCACGUUACCGAUUUGCUGCUGCAGUAUCGCCGUACGUUGCUCGAUGCGCUGCAGGAACAUUUUGCCACGUUUCAUGAUCCCGCGACGGCGGCAUCCCUGUUGCACCAUUUUUCUGACCUGUUCUCGUACCAGCGGUUGCGGGCGGAAUACGAUCGGUGCCUACCGUACGGGCUGGGCAUUGCGAUGUGGCUACUACCGGCCGUUACCUUCAACCCGGACAAAAUACCGGACCUGGAUGCGGUUACGAUUAACGAUUUCAAAACGAAGAAACACGACAAAAGAAUCGCACAGAUCGUCUCGGCCAACUACCACACGCGAAUGCGUGACAUUGUGCUGGAAAUGUAUGAGCAGGGCGUGCUUCAGCGGCUCCAAACGGAAUGCAUCUAGAUGCCGAUACACGGCCGAACGGUAUUAUCGAAAAAAAGCGAUUGUGCGCUUGUUCAUCCGCGGCGCACGUGUGCCAGAAAGUGUCCGCAAGCGUAACCGAGGACGAAGCGGAUUGUUUGUUGCGGGUAGCGAAUUCAAGGGCUACAUGGUGAAGAGAUGCAGCUUGACGCCUGUCAGGCACCAGUCAGUACCCCGCAACGUUGUACAGUGUUUGCGUUAAGGCUUUAGUCAGAGUUUAGAAAGAACAACAAAAACCGUAGAAUUAGUUCGUACUCGUUUAAAGUGCGCAUUUGAGGCGUGUUUGCGUGUCUGUGUGUCCGGCAAUCGGCUCACGACACUAAAGCAGCCUCCCGGGUCCGGGGGAGAGAUACAGUAGUGCAAUAACAAGAAAAAAAGCAAUGUUUAGUAAAUUCAGCUGCGAUAGGCAUCGGUUAGUGCUUGGGACUUGUAGUUAUUAUUAUUAUGCGAUUACACAAUCGUUUAAACAACCGACCGAUAGUGGAGGUGUGAUAGCGUACCUCCGUAUAACCAUACGGGCGCGCUCGGUAAGAUCGAUCGAUCGUACGCUGAAAUUUGCCUACGUUUGCAAUCUCGCUAAGACAUUGCGAAAAACCGCGAGCUUCUCGUGUGCCACGUGUGCCCUUCUUCAGCCUUAAGACACAAGAUAGGAAGAAGGAGGCUAGAUGUUACCAAUUAAACCUGUUGAUUGCGAUAAGCCGCUAGUGUAAGAAUGACCUGUUUUUGUUGGAUUCAAUAAACAGCUGUUACUACAGA